AUGUAUGUUCUGUGGGCUUGUAUUGUGGGUCUUUCCCUAAUCGGCCGUUCCCAUCAGCAGUCCGUUCAUUGUCUCCCUACAGAAUUCUCCAGUCACAACUGUUCCUGUAUAGACAAUGAUAUCCUCUGCCAGGGCAUCGUAGUGCUAGCCUCUCUCAUCAAUCCUGUUGCAAUGAACUCACUCAGCAUAUAUAACAGUCCAAAUCUACAACUCCCAAAUAACACUUUCGAACACCUUACUUUGACGAGGCUAUCUCUAGCAAACAAUGAUUUAACUGAUAGUGAGUUUCAUUUCAACACAUUUAAAGGUCUUACUGUUGAAGACCUAGAUCUGAGUAACAACAGACUGACGGAGAUUCCCGAAGCCGUCAUCAAUGUUGAAAACAUCAGAGGUUUGAGCGUGUCUGGAAAUCCUCUUGAAAACUUCCAUGAUCAAACAACAAAAAUGAAGGAAAUUGGAAACACUUUACUUCGGUUUUCGUUUGGAAGUGAUGAGUUCGACUCCAAAUGGCCUAUUGAGUUGAAAUACUUUCCUCGUCUGGAGGAACUCAAUGUGACGGGUGGAGGGUUUUCAUUAAUGCCUAUUGAAGCUUUUUAUGGUUUUGAAAAAACACUUAGGAAAUUAUCGAUGUCACACACGAACUUGAAAUCUGUACCCCUUGCUUUCGCCAGGCUGGACUACAUGACCGAGCUUCGUUUCGAUCACAAUCAAGAAGUAGGGGACUUUGGAAUGAACGUGCCGCUGGUUCACGGUAUACUAAAGCAUAUUGGACUGGUAACCCUGAAAGAUGACAAUAUUACUACCUUUCCCAAGAUCUUAGGAAAGUUUGAUAACCUUACUAAACUAGAAAUGGGUGAAAAUUUGUUGAAAUUUGUCAGCGACCAGUCGGCCAAUUCCAUCAAACGUGUUACAAGUCUGAGUCUACACAAUUCGAACAUAUCGCGAAUACCUGGAGCACUUCAGGAUAUGACAACAUUGAAGGAGAUUGAUCUGUCCUUAAAUGGAAUACACAGCAUACAACGACAAGAUCUGGAAAAGCUGACGAAUCUACAGGUUCUCAACUUGAAUGACAAUCCUUUAGAAUAUGUUUCUGACAAUGCUUUCAAGAUGUCGCAACAGCUAUCCAGGGUGGAAUUCCGUAACACUCACCUGAAGAUUGUACCCUGUGCCAUAAAGUAUCUUCCUCUGCGUUCUAUGAAUAUCACUAUUGAUUUGACUGGCAAUGAUAUUGAAUGCACUUGCUCUCUGCAGUGGCUGUACAGUUGGGGAAGUCAUGACAUAACUAGCAACAGGAAUCAGCAUCUUAGUAUCCUUGGCAACUGUUUGACUAUCGACAGCACCAUUCAAGACUACUUUGAUAAAACACUGCAUACUUGUCCCAAUUCCUAUCUGUGUGACAACGUUAACCCUGCAGCGUCAAGUCAUUGA